AAUCCGAGUAGGUCCGAUAGUAUAUGCGAGUAAGGGGGCGGCACAGCCUCGCUACGGAAAUAUCAUACCGAGGGCCCCAGAUCGACACUCAGUCACUCAGUGUAGUCGGAUGAGCAUUUGCUUGCAGGAUUGCGGUCAAUUAGGUUUCUGGCGAAAAGAGGCUGCUGAUACUCAUCAUCAUAUUUCAUAUGGAGCAUAUAUGAUAAAAUACACUCCAAGAAUGAGGGUUAUGAACUUAUUACGGAGUAUUCCGCUUCGAGUUCUUUUACCUGAAUCGGUGGAUUUGCAAUGCCUAGACUACCCCCAUCCCUCUUUUGGAGGGCCAGGCGGGAGAUCUCGCCCAUGGCUGCACAGCUGCUUCCUGCCUGCCGCGACCUGGAAUCGGCGGCCAACGAGCUGCGCUGGAUCCGACAGCACGUCCGUGACACUCGCUCACCCGUCCCGCCAGCGUUGCGGGUGUGGAGGCUCGUCGAGAAGCGCGGGAGAGGUGUUCCGCUCCAGUAUGUCCUUGGGACGCAGCCAUUUGGCCACCUUGAAAUCAGGUGUAAGCCAGGCGUGCUAAUACCACGACCCGAAACCGAAGCCUACACCCUCUACCUAGCCUCUCUUCUUUGCAAAGAACAGGCACUUUCAACCAACCCACCACCUUCCCUCUCCAUCCUCGACCUGUGCACCGGAACGGGCUGCAUCCCCCUUCUCCUCCUGCACUCCCUCCGUCAAUGCCCAUCCCUCUCCCAAACCUCACUGCACGCCCAUGGAAUCGAUAUAUCGCCCCACGCAGUCCGCCUAGCGCGCUUGAACCAAGCCCACAACCACCACCACCUCCUCCUUUCCCCAGCCUCCUCCGUCUCAAAACGCACCACCCAUCAUGACAGCAAUCUAAAAUUAGAAGAAUCAGUAGAAUUCCACUUCACCCAAGCGGAUAUCUUCUCCCCCAACCUCCCCCUCCCCCCCUCCUAUCUCAGCCAACCCCGUCGUUACCCACAUGCGUGGGACGUCCUGACCUGCAACCCGCCCUACAUCUCCGCCUGCGGCUUCGGGCGGGACACGGCGCGGGGCGUGCGCAACCACGAGCCCAGGCUCGCGCUGGUGCCCCCCGAUGCCGGCCCCCGCCCUGGCGGCCUACUACUAGCGGCUCAGUACGGGUGCCGGCCCGAGGAUGUGUUCUACGCGCGGGUGCUGGAGAUGGCUGCUGUGCUGAAGCCGCGGCGGGUGGUGCUGGAGGUCGGCGGGUGGGAGCAGGCUCGGCGGGUUGUUGGAGAGUUGCUGAGCAGAAGAAGGGAUGUGGCGGGGUUGUAUCCGACGGUGGAAAUCUGGCGGGAUGAUCCUGACGCUGGGGAAGGGAUGACGAGGGAGGUGGUUGAGAUUGGUGGGAGGGAGGUGCGUGUUAUAGGGGAGGGGAUGGGGAGGGUUGUUUAUUUGUAUCACGGCACGAAGGAACGAGGCUGAUGAUAUCUUUAGGGACCUGACCUUAAGAGAGAAAAAGGGGUAUCUGAGUGGUCUAUUGAGCCUGUAAC